AUGGCCUGGCUCUCCCAUCAGUACAUCAACGGUGGGAACCUGGAGCAGCUGCUGGACAGCCCUGUGCCCCUCUCCUGGUCCAUGCGUGUCAAGCUGGCUCUCGACAUCGCCCGUGGCCUGCGCUACCUGCACUCCAAGGGCAUCUUCCACCGUGACCUCACCUCCAAGAACUGCCUGGUGCGCUGCGAGGCCAACAGCUACACAGCUGUAGUGGGUGACUUUGGCUUGGCGGAGAAGAUCCCCACCUACAGGUGCAUGGGCAGAAGGGAGCCACUGGCUGUGGUGGGCUCUCCGUACUGGAUGGCACCCGAAGUGCUGCGAGGGGAGAUCUACAAUGAGAAGGCUGAUGUGUUUGCGUACGGCAUCAUCCUGUGUGAGACCAUCGCUCGCGUCCCCGCUGACCCCGACUACCUGCCCCGCACUGAGGAUUUUGGCCUGGAUGUCACGACUUUCCGCACCAUGGUGGGAAUCGACUGCCCAGCAGCCUUCCUCCAGCUCGCUUUCCACUGCUGCAGUAUGGAGCCCACCUCCCGUCCCUCAUUCCUGGAAAUCACGCAGUGCCUGGAGGGUGUCCUGCAGCAUCAGCCAG